GAGAGAGAGAGAGAGAGAGAGAGAGAGAGAAUCAUCCCUCCCUACUACGACUACUACCACGGCGGCCACUGUUGCUGCAUAAUUCAUCUGGAUUGACCCUGCAUUAGAUUACAUCGAGGAUUUGAGAUUUUUUUCUUUGCUUUUUUUUUUCUUCUUUUUUUAAAAAAAGGAAGAAUCAGUAUCGUUGGAUACAAUUCUGCGCAAAAACCGAGCCGCUGCUAAUAUUGCAACUGGGACAAUUUGAUGCUUUCAAGAUUCAUUUGAAAGAAAACAAAGCACGAAUACAGCCUUUAAAAAACGUAUAGUACAAGAACCCACUGCUUAAUCCAGAUAAGUUUUUCUCUGCUGCAGCAAGGCACUCCCUCUAGACCCCGCAGCCAUGGAUGAAAUGGACCUCCCCCAGAUGAAGAAAGAGGUGGAAAGCCUCAAAUACCAGCUAGCCUUCAAGAGGGAGAAGUCCUCCAAGACUGUACCAGACCUGGUGAAGUGGAUUGAGGAGGGAGUUCCUGAUGACCCCUUCCUUAACCCGGAGCUCAUGAAGGCCAACCCGUGGGUGGAAAAGGGAAAGUGUACCAUUCUUUAACAGCAGAGCAAGUGUGCACACCAAGCACAGCACACACAUAGGCACUGUACAGCACAAUAGAGACUGCUAAACAAGAUCUCUACCUAGCUACUCACAGUGAAUGUAAAAUAGCUGAUUAAAAGAAAAAUAAAUCACGUCUAAUCAUAAUCAUUGCAAAAGUUAAAAUGCACGAUGCCAUUUUUUUAAACUAUGAAAUGUUUUUUUUUUCCCCCCAUAUAAAAAAAAUGUUAUAGGCUGCAUGAUGUUUCUUUUAUAUAUAUAUAUAUAUAUAGUAUAAAUGCAUACUGUAUACUAUAGCUGAGAAUGAAUUAUUUAAUUAUUUAUUUAUUUAUUUAUUUAUGGGCACGGUCAGCUUUAAGGAAUUGUUGUAUUUGUUUCCCCCCCCACCCAAUACAUCAUACCAUUUCACAUUCAACAACUAGUUGGAAACAAAGCAGGUUCUGGAUGCUGAACUCUACAAGGGCAGAACAACUAGGCACCUCAUAGUGAUUGUCAGAGACCUAAUUGAGUUUCUGGCUAGGAUUAUGAUUGCAUAGAAUUUAGGAGCCGUCUUGCAGAUGCUUGACAGGAGUACUUGAUCUGUUCAUUGCUGAAACAUUCGUAAAGAAAAUCCAUUACUUUUUUUUUUUUUUCAUAAAAUGUACCUUGAAGAGAAAUAUACUACAGGACUCCUGCAUAACAACAAUUACUAGUUUAAUGAUAAAACAGGAAUAAAUAAAUGACUGAAUUUUUUUAUUGUUGUGUUUUACAAAAGUUUGUCAUAUUAAAUAAAAGUAGAACAUUUUUAGACAGCUUGAA